AUGCUGCCGUGGCGGCGGACCAAGUUGGAGCUGCGGGCGGAGGAGCCGCGGCAGCCCAGCAAGCCCAAGGGCUAUGCGGUGAGGCUGCAGUGCUCCGCGCUCGGCUCGCUCGCCCGCGCCUGCCCCGAGGGCGCGCUGCACCGCGUGGGCAGCAUGUUCCGCUCCAAGCGGCGCAAGUUCCGCGUCACCAGCGAGGACCCCACCUACACGGUGCUGUACCUGGGCAACGCGGCCACGCUGCAGGCCAAGGGCGAGGGCUGCACCGACCUGGCCGUGGGCAAGAUCUGGGCCAAGAGCGAGGCGGGCCGGCAGGGCGCCAAGAUGAAGCUGACCAUCGGCGCGCAGGGCAUCCGCAUGGCGCACGCCGAGGAGCGGGCCCCGCGCCGGCCGGGCCACCUCUACCUGCUGCACCGCGUCACCUACUGCGUGGCCGACCCGCGCCUGCCCCGCGUCUUCGCCUGGAUCUACCGGCACGAGCUGAAGCACAAGGCGGUGAUGCUGCGCUGCCACGCCGUGCUGCUCUCCCGGCCCGAGAAGGCGCGGGCCAUGGCGCUGCUGCUCUACCAGACCUCGGCCGCGGCGCUGGCCGAGUUCCGCCGCCGGAAGAAGCGCGACGACGCGCGGCACCAGCAGCAGCAGCUGGUCGGGGAGCAGAGCAUCCCGCUGGUGCCGCUGCGCAAGCUGCUGCACGGGCAGAGCUGCUACAAGCCGCCGGUGGAGCGCAGCCGCAGCGCGCCCAAGCUGGGCCCCAUCACCGAGGACCUGCUGGGCGAGGCUCAGGAGGAGCGCGCCCGGCACUUCGAGUGCCAGGACAUCCUGGAGGCGCCCGGCGGCGCCCAGCUGCUGCUGCGGGCGGGCCCCGGCCGCCUGGACGGGCCGGAGCUGACCCAGCUCAUCAGCGACCUGGGCGAGCUCAGCAUCGGCAACGACCUGCAGGCGCUGCGGGCCGACCUGCGCGUCACCCGGCUGCUGUCCGGGGAGAGCACCGGCAGCGAGUCCUCCAUCGACAGCAGCAGCCAGGAGGGGGGCGCCGCGCCCUGCAACGGCCAGGAGGAGGGGGGCGGCCAGGAGCCUGAGACCGGCUGAGCCCGCGGCCGGAGGAGGCCGCUCGGCGCGGGGCGCUCAGCAGUGCCCGGCGGGGCUCCGGCUGAGCCUUGUGCUCUCCGAGAAGCCGCCAGCUC